GUCCUCCUCUAGACUUGCAUAAGGGAAGACAACCAUAGUAUUUUGUGAGAUCAGUGAACUCUACAAGUUUUUCUGCAAUCUACCCAAGCAUGGACUCCUAAAUCCAGGGAUAAAAACAGCUCAUUAGAAGGUGAAUUUCUUGGGAUUAUCCGGAGUUUUUUUUGGGGGGACUUUUGAACACGUUUGGGUCAUGGUGGUUGCGUGUUGACAGAAGAAGUCCCUGUGUGCUGGGUUUGCGUGGGAUCAAAGUUGUUUUUAUCUUGAGCAGAGUGUGAAUGAAGAGAAGGGGAGGGGGAAGCAUGUCGGCUGGAGACUGCAGUCACCUGUUGAGGGGCGCCUGGCUGCUCUGCUGCUGCCAAGUUGUCCUAGUGGCCUCAUCUGGGAGUAAACUUUGGGAAGUGCCCCUCUCAUCGCCAAAUGUGAGUCACAGUGUUCAAUGGGAGCCCCACUGUCAGCAUCAUCAGGACAAGGCAAAGAUCACAGCGAAUGUACCCCCAACUCUGGACGGGACCUGGGUGUCUACGAGAUGUGAAGUUCGACCUGGCCCCGAAUUCCUCCUCCGCUCCUACACCUUCCACCCAACGCGCCACCUACAGGCCAUCCAGCACUACUACACCGACAGCUCCUGUGGGGACCCUGCCUACUCCCUCCUCAUCCGGGGCAAGUUCCGUCUGCGCCAAGCCUCCUGGAUCACCUUGGGGGGCACCGAGACUGACCACCACAUCAACAGAGUGGGCAUCGUGAUCCACAGCCGGUCUGCCAAGCAAAGACUGGCCUCCCGCCUGCCCCCCUCCUGUGUGGGGGUGACCUUGAGCAAAGCGGUCCCAGGGAAGGUGUUGGAGCUGUACAAUACCAGGGCGGGGCGGUUGUGUCUGUCCGCUCUGGGGUUCUCGAUGAUGGAGCUUGGGUUGGUGCGGGUGGAAACGCAGAAUUUUGGACAUGGAGGGACAGUCCAGGAGAUGUUUCUGGGGGAUAUUCACACACAGUGGACACAGAGGACGUACCACAGGCCAACGGGGUACCAGACGCCCCUGCAGAAUGUGAUGCACCACAUCCAUCCUUGCCCUGUGUGCGCCCUCGUCUACCGUUCCUCCGAGCUCCGCCCUCCCGCCCUUCCCCGCGGACCCUCCCCUCCUCUGUCUCUGUCAGGACGGUGGGUGAGCCAGCACUGCGAAACCCGACCCUCCGUGCUCUUCCUCACCCGCGACUUCACCUUUGACCCCGAAACGCACCAAUGGGGAGGAAUCUACCGGCACUACUCUGACCCGUUCUGCGCCCAACCCACUUUCACUUUAACGGCUUCCGGGCACUACGCUCAAGGCAACCCGUCGGCCAAAAUCUCUGCGGCUACUGAGUUUGUCUUCAAGGUUACCCAGGUGCAAAUUACGGCGUUUGACCUCGCGACGGCAAAGCUACUCAACUCUACAAGACCGGGGAAAUGCGGUUUGACUGGGAAUUGGGAAGUCGGGAUAGAGCAAGACAUUACAACUACCCACGGGUGCACCGCUUUGGGUAUCAAACUGCCCCAUAAGGAAUACGAGCUUUUUAAAACGGAGCUGGACCAUAGAAAACAAGCGUUGCUGUUCAUUGGGGAGAGGCCGACAGAUGGCUCGAGCCCGGACCGACCGCAAAAGAGGCCCACUUCCUUCCAGACACCCCUGGUGCAGUGCAGUGGGGGUGUGGGUGGGGGACAAGAGGAGAGACUAUCCCACAAGCAAAGAUUGGGUUCCCAUAGCAAGCAAAUUCAGCUACAAAAGAGUGGAGCAGAGCGGUGGAGAGGACAUGCGAUGCUGCUAGCGCUGGGUUUGGUACUGUACACUUGGGGAUGUGUUUAUUAGGUGCGUAAAGUCCAUGUGUUGAUGGAUAUUGUGUUCCUGGCAGCUUCUUACCCCCCUCCCUCUCUUGCUAGCUCUGUCCUCUGUCCAUGUGAUGUCGGCCACACGUGUCACCCAGUCAGAAAAAAGAAGUAUUCGUAGUAAUGUGAUGUUGAUAAUUGGUGUAGUUAAAUGAUCCAUUUGAUGUUUGCUAUUUCAGUGGUCCAAACCUGCUAAAUCACACAUAUGGGUUCCUUUGAAUUAUAAGGCUCUAUCUGUAGUAGUAGUGUUGAUUGGCUUGACUAAAGGUUUUGACCUCUAAAAUCAAAAAUCAACAAAUCAAAUAGAAACUGCAUCUGUAUAUUAUGUUGGGAAUAGGUUAUGUCCUAAAAGAGUCUCUAAGAAUAAAAUUGAAAAAAAUAUUUGCCAUUUUUGACUGGAUGUUUUGGAAAAAUGCUUUGAUAGAUGAAAUUUUAAUUGACAGAAUUUAUUUGAAAGCAAACUAUUAUUGAAAACCAUCAUCUUCCAAAAACAUCCAGUGGCACAGUAGGUUAUCUAUUUGCCCACCAACCAAAGAGUUGCCAGUUCAAACCACACUCAAAUCAAUACCAAUGGGCCUUUGGGCAAGAUGCUUCUCCCACAACUCCAAUCCCAACACAAGGCAUGGACAUCUGCUGCUUUUUACUCUUCUCAAUCCGGGAACUACUUUUUCAUUAUUAAACAUAACCCCACAUGUUGACGGACACUGUUUUCCUGGCAGCUUUCCCCCUCUCUCCACGUGAUGCCGGCCACCCUAGUAAUACGCCCGGAGAAAUUCAUGAGACAUUGAGGACAGCGGACUGAAUUUUAUAUUUUCACGGUCUGUUGACUUCCCAACUGGUCUUCACGAGCUGCUCUGUAAGAGUUCCCUUUAAAUGACUGCAAACUCCAGCUGUGGACUGCUUUAUUGCUACCUAAGACUAAUAUGUAUAUAGACCACCAAUAUGGAUUCAUCAUGUAAGAUAUGUUAUUUUAAACCAGUCUUGUUUGUAAAAAAAAUCCAAGGAGAGUUUCAAUUUUUGUUUUGACUUUUCAAUAAAACUCCAUAUGUAUUUUUAUAGCAAUGCCACCUUCUAUGAUUUAAUAAACAAUACUUUUAAACUGCUUUUUACGAUGAGAAAUUUUUCAUAGCGGUAAAAAGAGGAAGUCUGGUGUCACACAACGCUUUUUUUUUUUUUUUAAUAAAGCUAGUGUGGCCAGUCAGACCCAUUCCCUAACUUUGUACAGGGGUCUAGUGCCUUUAAUCUUACUGACCAAUCAAAACUGUUUAGGCGGCCUUUAAGGAGUGAUAAGUGUUGGUGAUUGGUUAAAUGUUUUCAUAUUGGAACUCUGGGUAUUCGUCUUAUUCCAGAAGUUGCUGUAUAGGACGUCAUUCAGGUUGUAUUAUUGUGGAUGGGGCUGCAGUUCUUAACAGUAAGUAAGUUUUAUAGGGACCACAGAACCGUUUUAAAGCCUCCCAAAGAAUCGUUGCACAUUAACACUGAACAUUUUACAUGAAUAAACCUACUUUACAUCAUGUUUUAGCGCCAAAACUUUUCUCAAAUUCUUCUUUGAAGUGAAUCGGAUUCCCACUUAACCAAAAGUGCAUUUUAGUAGUAUUUAAAGGCAAAAGUGGAUGGGGCAGAAUAAGGUCACACGUAUCGGAACUUAUGUAUGUCUCAAGUAUGACUUAAGUAUGUAUGUCUUUCCAAUUGUAUGCAGAAGUACCCAAGUUUUGAGUUUGUGGAACCAAAGUCUAACGCUGCCAAAAAAAAUUCCUUCAACUGGUUUUAUAUUACAACUUCAGUUCUUCUGUUGUCAACUCUUGGGUCACGUCCUCAGAGAUGACAACCAAAUAUUGCCAAAAAUUGACCAUAAGGCACUUUGUAUAUAUUUGUCUCACUUUGAUCAUUGUAUGUGUAAAUGUCUUUUGUCUUGUUAAAAAAAAACAACUGUAAACAAACCAAUUAUUUAUUUUAACCAUUUUAAACUGUACUUUUUGGAUGAGAACUUUCCGGUCUUACGUUUUCCUCAAUCGUAUUUUGGAGCAGUGAUCUAGUAUGUGUAAUAAAAGUACUUUUCAUAAUA